AUGGCGGAGCUGCAGCGGCUGGAGCAAGACCCCAUCCCCCCCCGGCCGCAGCUCCUAAACCAUGGCAACCUGGGCAAGGUCGCCGACUACUGCGAGAGCAAUUACGUGCAGGCGAGUGACAAGAAGAAGGCGCUGGAGGAGACCAUGGCGUACAGCACCCAGUCCUUGGCCAGUGUGACAUACCAGAUCAGCAACCUGGCCACAAGCUUCCUCAAGAUGUUGGACCUGCAGGCGGCUGAGCUCCGGAAGGUGGAGGCCGACAUCAACUGCAUGGCCCAGCUGGUCGACAUGCACAAGGAGAAGGUUUGCCGCCGCGAGAUCGGCUCCCUCACCAUCCCCAAGCGCUUCCCUGCCUCUCAGAAGAUUGUUUCUCCGGCCACCCCACCCAGCCUGGAGCCCUACUACAGGAAACCCCUCAGCUUCAGUGUCCUGGAUGACAUCGGGCAUGGCAUAAAGGACCACAGCACCCAGCUGUCCCGCACCGGCACCCUGUUGCGGAAGGGGAUCAAGGCAUCCGUGGCGGCUACGGGCACCCUGGGGAGGGGUCCACGCAUCCCUGAGCCCAUCCAGCCACCCGUGGUGCCCGAGGGAAAACUGCCUACGGCCUCUUCCUCCUCUUCCUCCUCCUCACUGCUGUCCAUCAGCUCGAGUGGAGCCCCUGGCCCGGCAGGUGACAGUGUCCCCGCACCGCCACUGCUGCCCUCCUCAUCUGUGCCACCUGCCCUGGCCCUGGCCACUGUCCCACUGUCGUCGCCACCACUGCCUGGUGACGUGCCAUUGCUGGGGGACCUGCCACCACCACCUCUGGGGGACCUGCCACAUCCAGGGGACCUGCCGCCACUGCCACCACCAGGGGACCUGCCACCACCGGGAGACCUGCAGCUGCCACCACUGUCCCUGCUGCCCCCUGCCCCUGACGACUCAGACUCGUUGCCGCCACCACUGGCUUUGCCUCAAAUGGAGGAUUUAGCCCUGCCGCCGGCCUCGGAGGAGCCUCCCUGGGCACCGGAGAGCUACCUGGAGAAAGUGGUGUCCCUCUACCCGUACACGCGGCAGAAGGACAACGAGCUGUCGUUCGCAGCAGGCGCCCUGCUCUACGUCACGCGCCGCUACUCAGACGGCUGGUGCGAGGGCGUUGUGGGCGGCCAGGCCGGCUUCUUCCCUGGCAACUACGUGGAGCCCUUUUGCUGA